GGCUGUAUUAGUCCAAGCCUAUAUUUAGUGGAAAGGGUUUCUUCAUUUCCUCUGUUUUUCAGGUUGAUCUGGUUAGUCAGGAAUUGAGAAUUUAUGUUCCUCCUCUAUCACAGUUGGAAAUUGUAUGGCAGAAAUGGGAUUACUUUGCUUGUAGGCACUUUAGUGUAGGCUAGUGUAUCCUCUGGUUUGGUAACAUAAACAACAGGACAUUCCAUGAGGUAUUAUUGGUGUCCUUUCAAAUAAAGCCAGAUAUUUGAAUGUCACGCCAUUACAAAUUAUCAUCCGAAGCAUUGCAAUCGUAUCCACGAGCGGCCCUGGGAAGUUUUCCGUGGUGUGUGAGAGAAUCUAAAGGAGACCCCUUCCUCUUUUCGAACAUCAGACGCGUGGGCGUUCGUAGCCUAUGCGGAUGCAUAGUCCGGCAGUUAGUAAGGAUGUCCUUUCCAAGUAUACCAAGCUGACUAUGUGUGUGUGCGUUUGUGUGUGUGAGAGAGCGAGAAAAAGAGAGCUGGGGCGUGCACAGGAAUCUUUAACAGCUGCCCUCUCCUCUGUGGUCUGAGGGCGGGAAGAUGGAUAACACCAAGUGACGACGACCUGACGGGUUCCGUGUCCUACACCCAAUACGAAUUCACACAGCAAGGACGGAAAUGAGAUUUCAAAGUGCAUUCACAUAAACAUUCUAAAAGCAUCGUGGAGGGCAGGCGACGCUACGUGACCGCGGUUGGACUAUAAUAUGCUCGCGGGCGGAAGUCGUGCGUGCAUGUGUUGUCGGAAAUCUUUCCAGUUUUCAAGAACAUGAAAACAAGCAGAACCACAUUUGAUGCCGAAGCGGUUGUAAAUCUUUGUCCUUCUCGUAAAUAGUGUGGGAUUCUAUUAAAUAAGUGGUCGGCCCGCUGACGUUGAAGAAGCAAUUUUAAUAUAUUUUUGUUUUAAAUUCUCAUUUUGACUGUCAGUACAGAGCUUGGAGGAAAGCAGCGGUGUUCAGGUUAUUUUCCCCUUGAAGUCUCUCUGAAGUCGGUUUGUCAUGAAUAUUUUUUUGUUUACGUAAAAGUAACCACGUCUCUGUUUUGAUUAUAGUAACAGGAUCAUAGGCGGCUUCAUGGACAGAACCGGCGGUGGUAGACUAUAGAAGUCUUUCACGAUAAAGAUGAACCAUGGCUGGUUAGAAAGCUAACUCAGAAGUUAGAAUGACUUGGCGUGUGAAUGGCGUGGUUUAAUACAGCAUCCACUGCCACCAGCACAGGUCGUGGCUGCAUACAUCUGGAAGUACAGUUAUAUUUUCCCGAAUCUUAAACGCUUCUUUAAACUUAAGAAACAGCAGCUGUUUUCACAAUGGCAGAUAGCGGUCGUGUCAAGCACACCAGUCCCAGUGAGAGCCCCCAUUCUGGGCGAAAAAAGGCACAGCAGUCGCCGGGCUCCAGGACAAGAUAUCAGGUCAACGCUCCUGGACACUGCUUUCGGAAAGUGACUCUCACAAAACCCACCUUCUGCCAUCACUGCAGUGACUUCAUCUGGGGACUGGUCGGGUUUCUCUGUGAAGUGUGUAACUUCAUGUCCCAUGAGAAGUGCCUGAAGCACGUGAGGACGGUGUGUUCCUGCAUGACUCCCACACUGGUGCGGGUGCCAGUGGCCCAUUGCUUUGGUCCGGCUGGUCAGAAGAGGCGUUUCUGCUGUGUGUGCCGUAAGCAUUUGGAGGGCAGCAGUGCAUUGCGCUGUGAAGUGUGUGAGCUGCAUGUCCACAGCGACUGUGCUCCUUUCAGCUGCAGUGACUGCCGCCUCUGCCACCAGGAUGGCACUCAGGACUAUGAUACGAAGCACCACCACCACUGGCGAGAGGGCAACAUGGCGUCGGGGGCGCGCUGUGAGGUAUGCAGGCGCACCUGUGGCUCCUCGGACGCGCUGUCAGGCAUGCGGUGCGAGUGGUGUGGACUCACGGCUCACGCGUCCUGUUACAUAACGGUGCGGCCCGAGUGCAGCAUGGGGAGGCUCCACAACAUGAUACUUCACCCGGGAUGCGUGCGCAUCUGCUCGCGGAACUUCAGCAAAAUGCACCUCUUCCGCAUCUGUGAGGACUCCCAGUGUGAGCUUGAUAAUCUGGACGACGUUGACUCCCUGACUCCUGUGGCAGCUAAAGACAACCAAGCCUCACAGGACACAGGGAAGCAGACGCUGAAGGUUUUUGAUGGCGAUGACGCAGUGAAGCGCAACCAAUUUCGCUCGGUGUCCAUUCCAAGGAUUAUCAAGAAUGAGGAAGUGGUGGAGGCCGCCCUGAGGGCCUUCUACUUGCCAGACGAGCCCCAGGACUACGAGCUGCAGGUGCAGGGCCAACCGCCAGCGCUCCUCACCGACGACAUCAUCAACCGCAACGGCACCCCUGACGACAAGUCCGUCUUUAAGGACAACGCUCCAGAUGCCUGGCUGCUCCGGGCCAAACCGCGUGACUCGGAGGUUUUGAAGAUCUACGCCGACUGGCUCAAACAUGGCGCGGCCUACGGCUCCAUCACAGUUGGCAAGGAGAGCACCGUGGACUGGUCCAUCAAAGAAGUGCUAAGACAGCUGGACAAGCAGGAUGAAAACACUGAAAACUUCAACCUUGUGGAGGUGUAUAUGAACAGCAAACAAGUUCAACGGCAGGUUCUGACUGGUCAGGAGCUUCUGCUCGACAAACUGCAGGAGAUAAGAAAGGUCUCCCUGAGGCAGAUGAACCAGACGCGGUUCUACAUCGUGGAGAAUCGGAACCGGGUGGUCCAGGUGAACCUGCUGCUGGGGGGCCUGCCUGUGCAGCUGUCCAAAGCUGAGUACGCCGGGCUGCUGAAGACGCACCUGGAGAUCAAGGAUCACUUGGUCACCAUCACUCAAGUUUACAGCACACAAGGCGCUGUGGUGCUUCAGAUCUCCUGUUUCUCGGAGGCCGAGAGGAUCUUCAUGCUGGCCAAAGACUCCUCUGUUGAUGGCAAACAGCUCACUUCGCUGGUCAUCCCGCAAAUCACGACAAGCAAGCUCCCAAGGGGCGGCUGUCCGCUGUUGGUCUAUGUGAACCCUAAGAGUGGAGGGCUGAAGGGUAGGGAGCUACUCUACAAUUUCCGGAAGAUUCUCAACCCCCACCAAGUCUUCGAGCUGACCAAUGGAGGACCCCUGGCAGGGUUACACACGUUCAGUGAAGUGCCCCACUUCCGCAUCCUGGUGUGUGGGGGCGAUGGGACGGUUGGGUGGGUGCUAGGGGUCCUGGAGGCCAUACGGCACAAACUGGCCUGCCCUGAACCCGCCAUCGGCAUCAUCCCCUUGGGCACGGGAAACGACCUGGCCCGCGUGCUGCGCUGGGGGACGGGCUACAGCGGAGAAGACCCCUACAGCGUCCUCCUCUCAUUGGACGAGGCGGAGGAGGUGGAGAUGGACCGCUGGACCAUCCUCCUGGAUGCUCAGGAGAUGACCGAGGACGGCAAGGAGAACGGCUUCCUGGAGCCGCCCAAGAUAGUCCACAUGAAUAAUUACUUUGGCCUGGGCAUUGAUGCUGAGCUCAGUCUGGACUUCCACCAGGCCAGGGAGGAGGAGCCAGGGAAGUUCAACAGCAGGUUUCACAACAAGGGUGUGUAUGUGAAGGUGGGGCUGCAGAAGCUGAGUCACACCCGCAGCCUGCACAAGGACAUCAAGCUGCAGGUGGACAAGCAGGACGUGGAGCUGCCCAGCAUAGAAGGGCUCAUCUUCCUCAACAUCCCCAGCUGGGGUUCGGGAGCAGACCUGUGGGGCUCAGACAGUGACUCUCGCUACGGGAAGCCCCGCAUAGACGACAACAUGCUGGAGGUGGUGGGAGUCACCGGGGUGGUGCACAUGGGUCAGGUACAGGGAGGACUCCGUUCAGGGAUUCGGAUCGCUCAGGGCACCUACAUUCGCAUCACUGUGACCAAGCCCAUCCCAGUGCAGGUGGAUGGAGAGCCGUGGAUCCAGUCUCCAGGACAAAUCAUCAUUUCGGCUGCCGGGCCUAAGGUGCGAAUGCUGAGGAAGUGCAAAAGCAAGCAGAAAAAGCAGCCAUCUGGCGCCCAGAAGGAGGGUCGAUCCGAGAGCCCUGCACCCGGUGAAGGGGCCCACUGAUACCCCCACCACUACACGCCCACCAAACUCACUCCGCUAAUUAGUGUUGCAAGGACACCCAGUUCAUCAGCACCCACAGGCAGAGAGGUUCAUGGAGGGGUUCAAUACCGCCCAUCCAGAGCUCGCCAUAGCAACGAGAAGGACCCAGUACCCACAGACCAAGGAAAGAGACCUAAGUGUCCCAUACAACUGAUCCUGUGGUGGUGUUAAGUGGUGUGUGUGUGUGUGUGUGUGUGUGUUUGUUUUCAUGUUGUAGCCUGUGCAAAAGUGCCACUUCAUGCCAUAUGGGUGUUUUCGUUUUUGUGUCGUUAUGUUUCGUCUGUGAAUUUCCCUCAAGUUCACACACAGUCGGUCGUCGUGUCCAAGUCGUGCUUGUUGAAAUGAACGAGCUUCAGAAGCUUUGUGAUUUUCUGAAAUGUAUUUAAAGCAGAAUAGCACUGCAACCCAGUUUAUUCCAAGUGGCCGUUAUUCUAAAACCCUUUAAAUUAAUUUAAUUUAAUUUAAUUAAGUUUUAAUCGAUGAAGUUGUGUCAAAAAGCUGUUUUGUCAUCUUAAUGCCCGUACUUAUAAUGGUAGUCUCAGAUGCAGACAUUUUUAAGCCUGUCUUAUCUCUUUAUCACUAGAGGAAGCCACUUCAGGAAGCUACCUCUUUAAUACACCCUGGGGUGAUGCGUUGGCACCCUCUUGAUGCUCCGCAGUGCUUUCUAUCGAUCAGAUUCCUCACACACAAACAAACGGCAAACUUUGAGUUGCUUACCCUUUCAAGACUUAGAAUAAUGACUUUCUUUCACAACUUUAAACCCGUGUUCGUGAUGAAGCGACACACCGUGUAAAUACCACUUACCGCACACCUCCCCUGCUGACGAUGUGUUUUUCGAAAACCACACGUCAUCGCCCCAAUCCAGUGUAUCUCCUGUGGCGUGUCUUCUUUAAUUGGUGUUUUAGAUGUCUUAUGGCCCUGCAGCUGCUGUAAUUAUCGUUGUCAUGUGGCUUCGCUGGGCGUAAGAUUGCAUAGAGCCCGCUCUCCUCCCUGUCGACUCGCAGCUGCAGCGUAACCUUAAGGAGUUCCCCAAACACUCCAGAUCACAGUUUUCCCCCCGCCGAUAUAGAACUAGCACUAAAGGAUCAUCGACAUUCCAGCCUGUAGAAGCCAGACCAGUGUUCCAUGCAAAAAUACUGUUACAUGCGUGUAUGUUUGCCUGUACGUGAUAUGUUUGUUGUUGCUGUUUUGCCGUUGGAACUAGCCAUUCCAACAGUCUUUGGUCAGCCACAGCCGAGCAGCUUCGACCACGGCAGGUGUUUUAUGAGACUAUGCCGUCAGAGCGAUGAUCACACAUUGCGAGUUGUGUCAGCGCUCAACUUAAUGCACAUGAAGAACAAACAGCCAAUGAGGCGUCACAUAGCAGUUGGAGUCACAUUAGCGAGUGGUGUGAUAGUUUGCGUAAAGUUGCAUAGUAACUUUGUGCAGAAUAGCACAUUAGAGUAUAUAUAUGUGUGUCUGUUGUGUGUGUGUAUAUAUACAUGCCAUGUAUAUACAUGUUUCUUAAUGUACAGUACUGAGUAAUCCAGGGCUUUCUAGUGCAUUAUUAAUAGGCUGUUCUGAUGUAUUAUUGUAGUAAGUACCAUAGCUGUACUCUAAUCCAUUUCUCACUUGACUGAAAUUAGUCUCCAUGGGGAUGUUGCAUCGGCUGACAGAAAAGCCGAGGUUCCCCGUAAAUGGACAGAACUUGCUCAGUCAUCUACCUCCCAAAAGCAGGCGUCCCCCUUCACUCCAAUCCCACAGUAUAGAGCUAUUUUUUAAAAUGCAAUGGCGUAUGUUAUGUAACGUGUGAAUGGCUGCAUGGGAACGCUGUGUGAAGGAUUGCAUAUUACUCACUGAGAGAUGAGGGCCUCAGUCACAUGAGGCUGAAUUAAGUUUUUACCUGAAGUUGCACAAAGGUGCACUGACUGAACUUUCACACAGACAUGAUGCCACCACACACACACACACACACACACACACAUCCCAGUCCAUCCCCAUGCAACAGGGGCAUCGCCUGUACGUGAACAUUUGCCACCUCAACGUUGUGCCAGCUUUGGGCCUCUUUCUCCCAGUCAGCUUUUUUUUGCAGUAGUGAGUGAAACGGUUGGUUUACAGUGGGCUACCCUUUAGGUAAUCUCAUCCAAAGCACCAUAUUGUUUUUGUGGUAAACUUUGCUGACAUGGGUGCUGUUGUGUGGAGCCCCACCCCACCGCCCCCAUCCACUUUGAAAUACUGUACGUUGUGCCUGUUGCUGUGUUAAGACUCCAUAUUGGAUUUAAAGCCGUGACGUAGCGCCCUGUCACCACUCCACCUUCUAGCUCUGAAAUCCACAUAGUGCCUCAUUGAAGUGCUUAUAGAACCCCCAGUGGUGUAGACACGUGCUUAAGAAAAACAUGAUCAUUGGUAAACCUGUGUUCUGCCAGUGCAGUGUAUAUCUUCAUCCAGAACUGUGGCGUUCUAGGUCUUAUAGAACUAAUGUGCCUGAUUUUAUUUCAGUAGGGUGGGUUUUUUUUUUUUUUUUUUUGUCACUGAAAGUUUCUUCUGACACAAUAUGUAGGUUAAAUGGCCAAACCAUCAUAUGUAAAGAAAUAUAUAGAUGUAUAUUUUUUAAAGAGGAAAAAAGUUGUUUUAAAUUUUAACUGUAAAGAAUAUUGCACUGAUUGUAAUGUUUCACAGAUGCUAAGUGUACAGUAUUGUGUCAAUGAAUGUUGAAAAAAAUUAAAUGUCUACUUACAUCUACAUGUGACUUACAGGUCUAACAAAUAUAUGUUGUCAAAAAGUGGAAAAUUCAAAAUUGGGUUUUAAAAUACGUACUGAUUGACUUUUUAUUGGUAAUGUUUUAUGACUGGACUGGAUCAAAUGCAAAAUAAGCAAUAUAAAGUUGUUUAUUUGUGAGUUCAACAAUGGUAUGUCAUUAAAUAUGAUAAACUA